ACCAAUCACAAUGAAUCACAUGACCGUUCGGCUCAUUUGAUUGGCUGCUGUCACUGUCAUCGCUGGCAGCACCAGGAAGUUUGCUGUCACUUUUAGCUACAGGAUGGAAAGUUUGUCUGCUUUUCUCUAAAAGAGCAUCAUGGGUAACACAGAGAGUGUGGUGGUGCAGAAGAGUCUGGCCCGGUUCCGUCCAGAGGAGCGUCCUGUAGUGGAGGGAGUGUUUGACCGGCUGCAGGGAGGAACUGGAGGAUCUGCAGGGAAAGCAGCAGCAGCAGGGAAAACUCUGACUCUGGAGAUGCUGCAGUCCUCUGUGGGCAGCGUGGCUCCAGACUCCAUGGUGAGGAGGAUCUACCGCUGUCUGAGCAGCAUCGAUGCCGGACUGGCAGCACCAGCAGGUAAAACCCAGCAGUCUGGAGUGUGCAGAGAGCAGCUGGUGGUCUUCCUGGCCGACACCCUGAGAGGAACGGCUGAGGAACGAGCUCCUCUGGUGAUGUCCAUGUCCUCCCAGCAGGCCUCCGGGGCAGCAGCAGCAGCAGCCACCUGUCAGGAGGUGGUGGAGUUCGUCCAGGACCUGGUGUCUGCUGUGGUUCAGGUCCUGGUCCAUAGGGGGCGCCUGCAGGGCUGGAAGCCGGACAGAAUGUCUGACAUCUCUCUGGGAGUGAAGCUUCUGGCUGAGCAGAUGUGUUCUGAGCUGAAACCUUCAGACCAGGGUUCCUGUGACGUGUCCUGUCUGGAGGACUGGAUCUUCAGGGUCCAGCAGGUGUCUCUGUACCUGGAGAUGCUGGUGGCUGAAGGUCUGGACGUGUCUCUGAGUGGCCGACCGACGCCGACGUUGCUGCCGCCCUGCAGGGAGACGCCCUGGAAGGAUCUGAGGAGUCUGCUGGACCUCCCAACGCUCAUGUUCCUGGCUCCACAGUUACCAGACAGCUACAGCGCCCCCUGGAGGCUGGUUUUCUCCACCCAGCUCCACGGUGAGAGCUUCACCAGGAUGGUGGGCGGUCUGACCAAACACGGACCAACGCUGCUGCUCAUCAAAGACACUAAAGGCCACGUCUUUGGGGGCUUCGCCUCCCACGGCUGGGAGGUCAAACCACAGUUCCAGGGUGACUCCAGAUGCUUCCUGUUCACUGUGUUCCCCCAGCUGAGGGUUUUUACAGCGACAGGAUACAACCAGCACUUCAUGUACCUCAACCAGCACCAGCAGACCAUGCCCAACGGACUGGGUAUGGGAGGUCAACACGGCUACUUCGGACUGUGGCUGGACUGUGAUUUUGGUCGCGGUCACAGCAGAGCUCGGCCCAAAUGUACGACCUACGGCAGCCCCCAGCUGUCCGGAGACGAGGACUUCACCGUAGACUCUAUGGAAGUUUGGGCCGUCGGGAAACCUCCAGAACCAGAAGAGGGCGACGGCGAGGCGGGGGGUAAGAGGAGCAUCCUGGACGCGGACCCUGAAGUCCAGGCCAUGAUGGAGAUGACUGGGAAGACGCUGCACAGUCAGGGCCUCAGGGAGCCAGAGGAAGACCAGGAGCAGUGACCGAAAGCUCCGGCACGCCUGGUACUCAUAGACUCACACAGCUGGAUUUCUGUUGUUUUAUACCUCGUUUACUGCUGCUGAUCGGCUUUACGUUGGAUCUAACUGUGAAAACCGUCAAUUUAAGGCCAGUUAUUUACGCCUAACCGGCUCUGAAAGCAGCUCAUGUGUUCUACAAACUAACAUUUCAGCAGCGUGUGAAGAUUGUGGGUGUGUUCACACUUUAGCAGCAGAGCGGCACGCUGAAAACAAGAUGCCUGCACCGGUGACGACAAAUCCUCCAUCCCUCCUCCAACUGUGAACACAAGAAGCAAAAAAAAAAAAACUUCCUCUAGUCACCUGUUUCUAACAGGCUGGAUCCACAUCUUGUCCUGGAUGUUGACAUAAUAAACCAACAUGGCCGAGACAAAUCAACUAACACCUGUAAAAUAUUGUAUAUUAUUAUAACAGAUGCAGAUUUGAUGCUGUACAUUUCAUUGUCUUGUUCCGUUAAGAAGGUUUGUGAUGGAUGAUUAUAAAGUCCUGCAGAGCUGAGCUGGUUUAUGUCUUAAAGCAGCUGAAAACACUGUAAAAAAACAUCAGGUUUGGUGUUAAUGAUGUCAUAAAACUGCAGUAUUGGUGGAUUUUUCUCCACUUUUAUGUUAUAUUUUGUGUUUCCUCUCAUUCAUGUAAGCUAGAAAGGGGAUUUAGAAAAUAUUUAACCAUGCAGCACUACAACAAAUCAGUCAGUUUGAAACCAACUCUAAUGAAAUAACAGACAUUUUUUACAGCGGUGCAAUCAGAAAACAAUCUUAUUGACUUUAAUAAUAAUAUGAGAUGUCUUCAUAGGCUGUAAGUCCCAGUAAUCACUCUACUUUACUUACUUUCUUGCUGUAUUUACGUAUUCUAGUAGAGAAAUCUGAUAUUCAGCCUUUUUAAGAUUAUUAGCAUUUUAGUUUUUACAUUUUUGAGUCCCAGUAAAAUAAAUUAAUCUAAAAAUACGCUACAACUGCUUCGAUCUCGAUCAGUGUUCACGGUUCUAUCUAACUGGCCAUGAAUAAUACUCGAUAAAUGUAAUAAAAUAAUUUUAAUAAUGUGUAAAAUAUGCAUAAAUAAAACCAGUUCGGCAAAGCUUUGCAUUGGAAUUUGAUUCAUUCUGAAUUUUGGCACAUAGAUUUUUAUUAGUUUUAUAUAUAUUUUAUUAGUCACCUUAAUUGCUAAUUUCUAAUCAGCCCUAAAAACAGACAAAUUAACCGUCGCAUGAUCAGUUUUUAAUGACACAAUGUUUUUAAUGACAAUGGAAUUUAUUUACAGGAAAAGAGUUCUGUGCACCUUUUACAAUUUGUUAUUUAAUUGCAUGGACUUAACAAUCAGCUGGUAAAUAAAAAAUAAAUAAAACAUGGAGAAUUAAGGCAGUUUCAUGUUAAGACAGCCAAAUAUUUUAGUGUUUAAUGUCACUGUUCAAACACUAGAAAAAGAAACUGAUCAGUAUAAUGUCAUAAAAGGAGGAUAUUGUCAUUACAAGAGGAUGUUUUCACAUUAUUACGACAUAAAAGCUUAUAACAAUACACUUUCCUUGUUCUAACAAUGUACUAUUUAUCUUGUUAAAAUGUGAAGUAUUUCACAAUAUAAAGUGAUAACUUGAACCUGUGUAAAUGAUGUUAGUAAAAUGGUUUAAUUGAAAAUUGUGUCUCAUGUAGACAAUUUGACGAUGUUCAUGUUUGGGUUAAAAUCUGUUGGAAUUCUGCUGUUAUUGAAGAUACUGUGAUCAGUUUGCACACACAAAGAGCAAAUUUUUGUUAAAAUUUAAUGAAUAAAUCUUAAAUAACUACAUGCAUACAUAACUUAGUAUAAUAUCCAUUAUAUACGUAUAGAUAUUUAUUGAGAAGGGCAACAAUGCAAUUUUUUUGACUUGAAUCUGAAUAAAUUUGUCCGUAUCACCUCUAUCAAGCUCAAAAAUCUUAAAUUGUUGACUUUAAAUGGCAGAAACUGUAGUUAUUGUGAGGUUUGUGUGAGGAAAAUGUAAUUUUUUCAUGGUUGAAUUGUGAUUCACAGUGUGUGUAGUGACUGAUAUCCAUGUGUGUUACUGCAGUGUUUACCUGAAAUAAAGUAUGACGGCACCUGGAGUGUCAAACUGUUGA